AAUAAACCUCUGUAUCAACGGAACGUCAAAUCCAAUGUCAGUAGCAUUUACACCAUGAAGUACUAAAUACGGUACAAAAGCCAUAUCGGCGUUUCAGUUUUACUAAUUUAUAACUGAUAAUUCAACAAGGGUUUCCGGCAGAUUGAAAACAAUUUUUUUGCUCUCAUAUGUCAAGCCCGUGUGUGACUCUAGACGCAAAUGGAAGUCUCUAUUCUGGUCUGUAAACACACUCAUCCAAUCUCGAAGAACAAUGUGAAAUGUACACAUUAGAAUGCGACAAAGAUAAGAUAAUAUGUGCAGAAUACAACUAUACUUGAAUUUAUUUGAAUACAAACCAUUGGAAGGCUAAAAUCCAAGAAACGUGCACUUGGAUGUUACACUAACCAAAAUGGCAACGACAAUGGAGAUGUCGGGAGUAAAAUCUAACGGGAAGGAUGGUAUAGACAACAUGGGAUAUCAGGGUGAUGUCAACCCAGCAUUUGAACUAGAGAGCAAAACUGACUUAUCAAAAAGAUCUGGGGAUGAAGCUGAAGAGCCAGAAAAAAGGCAGGCCUGGGGCGGCCAACUGGAAUUCAUCCUUACGUGUGUUGGCUAUGCCGUCGGAUUGGGAAAUGUCUGGAGAUUCCCCUAUCUUUGUUACAAGAAUGGCGGGGGAGCCUUUUUAAUCCCGUAUGUUAUAAUGCUGGCCUUCGUUGGACUCCCUUUGUUUUUCCUCGAGCUGUCUUUUGGCCAGUUCACCAGCCAAGGCCCCCUCUCAGUAUGGGCUGUUAACCCUCUCUUCAAAGGUUUAGGUUAUUCAAUGGUAAUGGUGUCAUUGUUGAUUGGGCUCUACUAUAACGUCAUCAUCGCCUGGUGCAUCUACUUCUUCUUUGCUUCCAUGCGCUACCCAUUACCCUGGACUUCAUGUGAUAGGGCCAAUUGGGCUACAGAACGAUGUCUUGACAGUUCAGAACCAACAGGAAACGUUUCAAAUAUCACAACCACCAUGUCAACGUUGACUACAGCUGCUCCAAUUGACCCAACGUUCAACAGGACAACCCCAACGGAGGAAUACUUCUACAUCAACGUACUUGGCCUUACCAGUGGACUUGACAAUAUGGGUGGUGUUCGUUGGCAACUGGCACUUUGCCUGUUGGCUGCCUGGCUAAUAGUUUUCCUCGUCCUCAUCAAAGGAAUUUCUUCUCUUGGAAAGGUUGUGUACUUCACCUCUAUCUUUCCCUACGUGUUGCUGACAGCCCUUCUCAUAAGAGGCUGCCUAUUACCGGGGGCGGGAGAAGGAAUUCGCUUCUACCUACAGCCGAAUAUUACCAGACUAGCUGAUGCCGAGGUUUGGAGCGACGCUGCCGUCCAGAUCUUCUAUUCCCUAAGUGCAUGCUCUGGAGGUCUCAUUGCUAUGGCAAGUUACAACAAAUUCAGCAACAACUGUCUAAGAGAUUCCAUCCUUGUACCGUGCAUCAAUUGUUUCACGAGUAUUUAUUCUGGGUUUGUCAUAUUUGCCGUCUUAGGCUUUAUGGCAGAUAAAAAAGGGGUUAGUGUUGGAGAGGUUGCUGAAUCCGGACCAGGUUUAGUUUUUGUGGUUUACCCAGAGGGUUUAGCACAGAUGCCCGGGACAACAGUUUGGGCAAUCUUGUUUUUCUUUAUGAUGAUGUGUCUUGGAUUCAGUUCAGAGUUUUCUAUCAUCGAAUGCGUAUUUAGUGCAUUCAGUGAUGAGUUUCCACAGUUGCUUAGACGAAACAAGUGGGCACCGAUAAUCUUCAGGGGUAUAUGUUGUGCUUGUUUUUUCCUCAUCGGGUUGCCCAUGGUAACUGGGGGAGGAUUCUACCUGUUCAACAUCGUGGAUUCCUAUACAGGCGGUUUUCCAUUGUUGUUCGUCGGAUUGUUCGAACUGAUAGCACUUGUAUGGAUAUAUGGUUAUCACAAAUUUAAAGACGACAUUGAAAUAAUGUUGGGAAAGAGGCAGUUGAUAUACUUUCAUAUUACAUGGCGUUAUAUCGCUCCACUUCUCCUAUUGGCAGUCAUAGUGUUCAGAAGUAUACAAUACAAGACCCAAACCCUGGAUACCAUAUACGGCCUUUAUCGUUACCCACCAGGCGGAACUGCACUUGGAUGGCUGAUUGUGACGUUUGCGAUAAUUUGGAUACCUUUAUUCUUCAUCGGGACAUUCUGCGUCAAAGGUGGUGGAAUGUUCUGCUGGAAAAGCAUGCAGGCUACUAAAAACUGGCGACCACGUGAUCGAUCAGAUAGGGAAGGAACAAAAUAUGAUGACAGCUUACAUCAGGACGUGUCAACAAUCAGUUCGGGACAUAUCAAUUCAAAUGGAACGGUACCACCUACGUAUGAAGAGGUGGAAUCAGCCACGGACUAUUAUUCUGAGAAGCCAAACACAUAUGCUACUUUGCAACAAGAAUGAAUUACUUGUCUUACAUGUACAUAAUAGCAAUUCGUGUAUAUUUUGGAAUCCUGUAUUUUAUUGUAAUCCUAUAAUUGUGUUAUAGAGACGUGUUGAAUUGUACAGCUGUAACUGAUUGAAUAAAACAAUGAUGGACUCCCGCUGUAUAUAUAU